GGUUUCCCAUCAUUGUUUAGGAGUGUUGUAUAUAUUGCAUUACAGAGUUUGGUCAGCCCUGUCACAUGUGCUCUUUGGUAGUGCCAAGAAUUUUUCCACACGCCAGCAACCAAUCACUCUUCUUGUCAGGAGAAGACUCCUGGGGAUAUUGCGAAACAAAAGACUUUGGGACUGGAUUGUGGGCAAUACCGGAGUCUGGCACUGUCCUUGGUUGAUGCUCUGGGCCUGGUGUAUAUCCCUAGCCUACCUGAGCUCUCGACUGUCAGCAUCUGACCAUGUUAAGCUGCCUCUUCCUUCUGAGGGCGCUUCUUGCUCUUGGGUCCCUGGCGUCCUGGGUAACUGCAGGAGAACACGUGAAAGAGGGAGAGUGCCCUCCUGAUACGAGCGCGUGCAGAGAGCUGUGCCAGGGCGACGCAUCAUGCCCGGCUGGGCAGAAGUGCUGCAGUAUAGGCUGUGGGCGGGUCUGCCGAGCCGACGUUCCUGAGGGGAGAAAAGAUUGUCCCAGGGCUGUUCGGAAACAAUUCUGUUCGAAAAGCUGUACCACUGACGCCAUGUGUCCAGGUGUAAAGAAAUGCUGCACGUUCGGCUGCCAUAGGAGCUGCGUAAUCCCGGUUCCCAGACAGAAGCUGGAGCCUGGUGGUGAAUGUCCUGCUGACCCUCUUCCAUGUGAGGAGCUAUGUGAUGGGGAUGCAUCCUGUCCCCCAGGACAUAAAUGCUGCUCCACCGGCUGUGGCCACAUCUGCCGUGGAGACAUUGAGGGAGGGCGGGAUGGCAGCUGCCCAGAUGUUCUGGUGGGCCUGUGCAUUGUCAGCUGCGUGAUGGAUGAGAACUGUCAAGCCAGAGAGAAGUGCUGCAAGUCAGGCUGUGGCCGCUUCUGUGUCCCGCCGAUCCUGCAACGGAAACUGACCAUGAGCCCCAACUUGACUGGCAGGUCCAAUACAGAUUUAGAUAAUCUGCGGCCCUAGCUGUCCUGGUUUGUCUGAAGCUUCUCUGGUGACUACGGGAGGCUUCUCCUAGCAGACAGGAGAGGGUGACAUCCUGGGGCUUGCGAUGCUUCCAGGGAUACCCAUAGCCCUUCCUACUUUGCUUCUCUUCUGACUACUGACCGGAGCUCAGGCAGCCUAGGCCUGGGACUGGACACGGGUGUGGUGCUUCUCUUCCCCAGUAAAGGCUGGUGCUGA